GAGUCUUACUUACUCUCCGAUAAAGAUGAAAGGUUACGUAGAAUAAAAGAACCCAGGGAGGACAGGGUGACAGGUUAAAGAUGAAAGGAAACGAUAAGGGGUUAAAGACGAAAAGAAAAGUGUAAAGAUGAAAGGAAAAGAUUAGAGAGUAAAGAUGAAAGUAAAAGAUGACAGGCUAAAGAUGCUGGCAGGUUAUGAGACAAUACCAUUGCCAGGCAAAAAGUCAGUAACACUGAAAGACUGUGGAACUUCGAGAGUUGUGAACGGUGGAGAUCGAAUAGUUGGCGGAAGGAAUGCACUUGACGGUGAAUUUCCUUGGCAGGUUUCCUUGCGCUUCACUAAUUCAUUUAUUCCACCGACUCAUAUUUGUGGCGGAACAAUUCUUAAUCAGAGAUGGAUAAUUACAGCAGCUCAUUGUGUUGACAAAAGAGCAGUCGAAAAUUUCGUAGUAGUCGUUGGAAUUAAAAAUCAAGGUGCCAAAAAUGUUGUUUCUUUAUUGGUUGACAAAAUCAGAGUUCACGAAAAAUUUGAUCCCGAGACCUUCCUGAACGACAUUGCAGUUUUGCGAGUGAAAAAACCUAUCUUACUGAGCAGCUACGUGAACGGCAUCUGCCUUCCCCCAGUCGACCAGAACGUAACAGGUUUCGCCACCGCUACAGGUUGGGGAGAUACUCAAGAAGGCGGAAAUAUGUCAAAUCUUUUGAAAGCUGUGGAGUUGCCCCUAAUACCACAAUUCGCUUGCGAAAUUCUUCUUGGGCCUGAAUCUUUCUCUGUUAAAGCGAUGUUAUGUGCAGGAGAUCUAGAUGGAGGUCUCGAUACCUGUCAGGGAGAUUCUGGUGGACCACUGAUUCAAUAUAAAGACCAAAAAGCGUUUCUAGUGGGCGUCGUAUCGUGGGGAGUUGGAUGUGCUCGGCGUGGCCUUCCAGGAGUGUACUCUCGAGUGCCCAAUUACAUUAAAUGGAUUGAGGAACAUGUUGAUUAAAAUAAAAAUUAAUAUUAAAUUCAAA